AUGGGUAAUACGCUGGGCACGAAAAAAACAUUGAAGGAGCAGUUGCGCGAGAACAAGCGUGAGAUAAAUCGCGCCGUGCGGCAGCUGGAUCGCGAGCGGUCCAAUUUGCAGUUACAGGAGAAGAAGUUGAUCAUCGAGAUUAAGAAAAUGGCCAAGCAGGGCCAAAUUGCAAGUGUCAAAAUAAUGGCAAAGGACCUGGUGCGCACGCGGCAACACAUAACCAAAUUUUAUACUAUGCGCUCCCAACUGCAAGCGGUAUCACUUCGCCUGGAGACCGCUAAAUCAGCUGAAGCAAUGACCUCAGCGCUACAAGGCACGACGACAGCAAUGAAGGCUAUGGCUUCAACUAUGAACUUGCCCCGACUCAACCAGAUUAUGAUGGAGUACACAAAAGAAAGCGAGAAGAUGGAAAUGACACAGGAAAUGAUAGGUGACACCAUUGAUGACAUUAUGGACGCCGAACAGGACGAAGAGGAGGAAGAUAAAAUUGUCGGACAGGUUUUGGACGAAAUAGGUAUCGACAUGACUGGAGCUGUGCCUGAGGCUCCGACUCCCCAUGCUGCACCUGCUGAAGUAACACCACAAGUGUUGAAGGCCACAGCGCAAACUCCAGCUGCCCCUGUGGCAGCUGGAGGUGGCGAAUCGACAGACACAGCCAUCAGCGACCUCGAAGCGCGGCUCAACAAUUUACGGCGGUCGUGA